AAAACGAAGAAGAAGAAGUCGUUCCCCUAACGGAACCUUCAUCUGCACCUCGUUUGGCCACGGACACCUUUUCGGGACGGACUUAAGCCUUAGCUUCGCCGGGAUAGCAGAGCCAGAACCGCUCGGUUCUAGCGCAAAAGGGACAGCGAAGAUGCCCAAGAAGAAAACCGGAGCCAGGAAAAAGGCGGAGAGCCGCAAAGAGCGAGAGAAGCAGAGCCGAGCCAACAGGGAGCACGUCGAUGUGGCCAAACACCCCUGCAACGUCAACAUGGAAUGUGACAAAUGUCAGAGGAAGCAGAAGAACAGAGCGUUCUGCUACUUCUGUAACUCCAUGCAGAAGCUGCCUGUCUGUGCUCAGUGUGGUAAAACUAAAUGCAUGAAGGCUUCAGAUUGUGUUAUCAAGCACCCAGGGAUCCACAGCACAGGCAUGGCCAUGGUGGGGGCAGUGUGUGACUUCUGUGAAGCCUGGGUCUGCCACGGUAGGAAAUGUCUGAGCACCCACGCCUGCUCCUGUCCUCUGGCCGACGCAGACUGUAUCGAGUGCGAGCGUGGAGUCUGGGAUCAUGGAGGGAGGAUUUUCCGCUGUUCCUUCUGUCAGAACUUCUUAUGCGAGGAUGAUCAAUUUGAGCACCAGGCAAGCUGUCAAGUCCUCCAGGCAGAAACCUAUAAAUGCGUUUCCUGUAACAGACUGGGGCAACAUUCGUGUCUGCGCUGUAAGGCUUGUUACUGUGAUGACCACGCCAAGAGUAAGGUGUUCAAGCAGGAGAAGGGCAAAUCUCUGCCUUGUCCGAAGUGUGGCCACGAGACUCAGGAGACAAAAGACCUCAGCAUGUCCACCCGUACCUUGAAGUUUGGUCGGCAGGCCGGUGCCGACGACGAUGACUACGAAGGAGCAUCAGGGUACGACGCCUACUGGAAGAACCUGGCAGCUGGAGGAAGCCAACGAGACGACUACGGAGAUGACGAUGAUGAUGAGGAGGAGGAGGAAGAGGAGGACGAUGGGUAUGAGGAUGAGGACGAAGAGGAAGAAGAGGAGGAUGACGAGGAGGACGAAACUGCUUCGGAGUCUCUGGCUGAGCUGAAAUUAGAUGGCGCGGCAGCCUAAACUAAGACUGAGGAGUCGGUGGUGCUGUUGGUCAGAGUGGAUUUUAACUGAACGUACGGCGCUGUGCAGAAGUCGAGAGCAUUUUUCUACUCAACAAGCUAAACAUUCUUGUGAUCUUUCAAGUGGUCUUGAUCAAUAGUUUUCCUGUGCUUUCUGAUGGCCUGUCAAAGUUUUUAUACAUUUCUUUGCUAUCUUUAAGUUUUGUUGCGAUCCUGCUAUCUGACUGCAACACAUUGUGGAGUAUUGGCAGUGGUCAGGGCGGAGCACACAAGCACGAGUUUCAGGCAUGAGAACCAUGUUCAGCAAAUAAAGGGUAUCAUAAACUCAAGUCUUUAAUAAAUAGAAAGCGUUGUAUAAACCAGUAAGAUAACAAAAGCUGCGUACUACAGUUUUCUUUUGACGCGACAGAAUGAGAUUCUCACACUAACGUGGGCUUUGGUGCCAUGCAUCUUAAACACAAACUGAGAAAAAAGAAAAUGAUAUAUAACAUUAGUCGUUCUUUGAAGCAGAAAAAACAAAAUAUCCUACUGCUGCUUUAAAUAAUUUAGCAUAUUUACUGUUUUCAUAUACAGUGUUGGUCUUCUGCCCUUUCUACAGUAACAGUGGGAGCGUUACAAAGCGAGUCGGGCCGUCUGCUCAGGUGAAUAGCCUGCAGUUAGACGUCCAGACAUGCUUUAAAAGCAAUGAGCGGCCCGCCUUUAUUUUAAAAACCAUGUCUGUCCAUUUUUUUCUGCAAAUGAUCACAUUUCUAUUUCUGUUUUUUGCAAACAACCCAAAAAACUCUGCACUUCAAGCUGCAGGAACAUUUUGAUGGUGGUUUUGAACCUGUAACGGUUUAAAAUCUGUUUUAUAACCAGCCAUACCUGUUCCUGACUAUAGAUAUGUAGAUUUUUUUUUAUUCCUUUUAUUAUUAUCAAUAUUGACAAAAACGUAACUUAUCUGACAUAUGGAGAAACAGCACUGGUUUUUCCUUUUUCAUACCAAAAUAAAUCGUGGAUCAGAGUUAAGUAAAGGGUGCGGUGUAUCUUUGAAAGACCCUCAGAAGUGCUGGAGAAAUGUUGAUAAAGACCACUUUUAAAUAAAUGAGAGUCUAGCUGUUAAAAAAGUGUAAAGCAACAUAGGGAGAAAUGAUUAAGACUUCUGUUCAGCACUGAUUCUCUAUUUUCAGCUGGUUGUUCAUUCCUGUAGCAACUUUUAGGAGCCAUUUUAAACAACACCCUUCUGCUCAGGGCUAAGGGAAUAAAGUUCAUUGUGAACCUGAAA